CUUUCCUUAUCAGGAUUGGACUUCCUCCCCGCGGCUCAAACUAUCCAGUCCUCCGGUGUUUCAUACACGCUUCCUGGAGGAUAACCACAGGCGUCCUACGGAACAAGCAAGCCGGGGAGGUAGAAUGAGGUAUACUUAUCUAUGCGAAGGAACAUGAACAUGGACCCUUGAACUCAAGAAAUGACAACCCCCCCCCCCCCCCACAAUCUAGUAAAAUCUGAGUUUUUAUCUGUUUUGUUUGGUUUUCCAUCUCUGUCUUUGAUGGAAAACAUCUGAUUAUGUGGCAUUUUUCAUUCAGAUGACACUUAGCAACGCGGUCCAUGUCCAAUUCUAUCUCACUACUGUAAAGCCUGCUUGUCUCUUGAAGAGUGAUAUUUAAAUUCUACCUUGACACCUUUCUCCUGCCUCCACAUAUCUCUCAUUUCUGUGGAAGAUCGGGAUGUUUGACGUCAGCACUUAACACGCAAUAUUCCACUGCAAUCUAGUGCUAAUUAAAUUGCAAUAGCCUCCUUGCAAGACCAAGGUGUGUUCAUUUUUGUCUGAUUCAUAGUUUUAAGAUGUGUUGUAUUUUAUGUUAUUUAAACUCUUGUUUGACAUGUAGCCGUCAUUUCUAAGCUGCACUUUAUUGAUAAAUAUCAAGAUAAUUUCAAACUGUAAUUUAAGCAUAUCUUUGAGUUCUGUAUAUUUUUUUAAUCUUUAGGGGUAUAUAUAUUCUGUUUUAAUUUUAAACUGGAAAAGUAUAUCGUUUUUGUUUACAAGCCACAUCUGUCUAUCAUUCCGAAAUGGACAAAUGUGGGAUCUGAUAGCAUUUAAGGACAAGGCAGACAUAAUCUGGAAUUGGCAGAUCUAAGAUCUAUCCUUGUCUUCGGCAUUUGCAUUGUGAGGGCUGGUGUUUUCCAUAGUUUUUAUCUGUUCCUCUGUUGGCACACUAAAGAGAAGAAUCUCCAUCUGAAGGCCAGUGGGAUCGUACAAUUCUUCUUUGAGUGCAGAUGGAUUUCACACGUCAAACUCGGAGGUGCUUUUGUGGCGUUGCCUUUGCAAUUCAAGCACUGAAGUGGAAGAAUGAUUUUAAGGAGGUUUCAGGGAUAAAUAACUUGUGUUUUAGUUUUUAAGACAGACUGACAGGUCUAUAGUUAUAUUUUGGUCAUGCCAGCCGAUCCUAAGGAGAGGUGCUUCCUAUUUGAUUCUCCUUUAAGGUGGCCAUCAGUCGCCACAAUUAACUGACAUGUGUAUCACUACCUGAAUUUAAACAGACUUAUUCCAUCCAGCAAACUUCCAACUGCAUGAAACACUCAGACACCGUCCACCUGUCAGGAAACAGACCUUACCUACCCUAAACCUGAGGGUUGGAAGUCCGCUCCCCGUCAAGCCCCCCACACUAAGGAUGCGUUCCCCAGAGCCCCCCAUCCCAUCCCCAGCUGAGGCCCUACUCCACUGCCAGUUUGGGGGCUGGGCAACGGGCAGCAGCUGCAACAACAGCUGCCCCAACAGCCCUGGAGGUCCUGGGGGUCUGUCAUCCCCUUCUCCCUCCCCCAGCCCCUCUUCUGCCUCCAGCUAUGCCUUGACCCUCACCCCCUCCCACAUCCACGUCCAGCGUCUGGCACCCCGCACUGGUAAAGAGGCACGUCUAAUACUACCCCUGUCAGAGCUGGCAGGGUGCAGCUGUCCCCGCGCCCCUGCUCCCCCCUUGCUGGUUCUAUACUGGUAUCCCCCGGGGAGGCGGAGGAAGGGGGUGUCCAGGAGGAGGCAGGUGAGGGUGUACCUGGCUGAGGCCAGGGUGGAGGCUGAGAGGUGGUCCACUGCUAUACAAUGUCUGCUCAGGGGAGUCGCCAUCACUGCUGACACAGCAAUUGUCAAACGUCUACUGCCCCGUCCCCGAAGGCUGCUGCUAUUGGUGAACCCCUUCAGUGGGAGAGGCCAGGCUAUGCAGUGGUGCCAGACACACAUCCUGCCAAUGAUCAGAGAGGCUAACAUCAGCUACAACCUGAUACAGACAGAGCGACAGAACCAUGCCAGAGAGUUGAUCAAAGAGAUCUCCCUGCCUCAGUGGGACGGCAUCAUCAUCGUCUCUGGAGAUGGCCUGCUGCACGAGGUGAUCAAUGGUUUGAUGGAGCGUCCAGACUGGGAACUAGCAAUAAAGACACCUGUAGGUAUCCUUCCCUGUGGCUCUGGAAAUGCCCUGGCUGGCUCCAUCAACCACCAUGCAGGUUAUGACAUGUGCCUCCGGGAGCCUCUCCUCCUCAACUGCUGUUUUCAGCUCUGCCGUGGCGGAGUCAAGCCCAUGGAUUUGGUCUCUGUGACAACCAGCCCCGCCCCUUCUCAAAGUGGCCGCCCGGGUCUUCCCAGAAGGGUGUUCUCCUUCCUGUCUGUGGCCUGGGGCUUUGUGUCUGACGUGGACAUCGAGAGUGAGAGGUACCGGGGUCUGGGGUCGGCACGGUUCACCCUGGGCACUCUGGUCCGCCUGGCCUCCCUGCGCUCCUAUAAGGGCCGUCUGUCCUACCUGCCCCCCAUAGUCGCCACAUCCCCAGACACCAUCCCUCCGCCCCUGCGCAGACCCCUGUCCCGCAGCAUCACUGAGGGCCUGGAGGGCUUCUGCCACACCCCCAUCCAACGCACCAGCUCUGACAUGGGCCUCAGCGAACAGAGGAGUCUGAGGAGGGUAGACACGGAGAGGGAGAGAGAGAUGGAGAGGCAGAGAGAGAGGGAGAGGAGGAGGGAGAGGGCCAGGGGAGGGGGAACGGGGGUGGUCAGGGCGAGUAGCUUGGCAGAGGAUAGAGAGAGAGAGAUGGAGGGAGAGGUGGGGAGGUCAGGGACAAGUUCGGAGAGAUCUGGGACGAGUUUGGAGUCGAACGAAAGGGAAGAUUGCAGGAUGGGAAAGGAGGAUGGGAUGACGGGGAACACAGAAGAAAGGCCAGAUGAGGAAAGAGAAGACGGAACGAUGGAGCAGGACUCAGGGGUGAUAGAGGAUAUAGAGGAGAGAGUGAGGAAUGGGGAAGGCAGCAGCGGCUCAAUGGAUGGAGUGAUGGAAGCGAAGGAGGUUGGAGAGGGGUACGGGGUGGACAUGGGGCGAGAGGCCAACGAGGACCCAGAGGGGUGUUACUCGUACCCUGACAACCUCCAGCAGACCCGACUGGCUCUAAGGAAGAACUCUGCCCCUUCCAGCCAGAUAGCUAACGCCUUCUUUAGCCAGCCCCUCAGCCAGGAGGCUGACCCCGUGUCUGGAGCCUCGUACAGGGCAGAAGAGAUGGAUCUGAACGGAACAUACUUCCAGAAAGAAGCUUACCCACUGGACAUCGCCCGGGAGAGAGCCCUCACCAUAUCCUCUCCCUUCAGACACUCUCCUUUCUCCAUCAAGCCCAAAUCUCUGGAUCAGAACGCAUCCCGCCCCAGACCCCUAUCCCUCCUCCACCACCCCCACUCCAACUCCCUACCCCCUAAACUCCCCUCCCUGUCCCUCUCCCUCUCUCCCACGCCCCCUUCCUCCCCGUCCUGCGCCUCCCCUCACUCCUCUUCCUACCUCGUUCCGCGCCCCAACACACCCAACUCCACCUCCCCUUCUCCGUCUCUCCAGUCCCCCUCCCCCUCCUUUACCUUUGACAUUGCAGAGCCUGCCGGACCCUUCAAGAACCGCCCCGUCUCACUCCCUUUCAACCCCCCCAGGGAUGACCUCCUGCCCCCCUUGGACCAGGCCCUGCCGACCCGGGACUGGGUGACAAUAGAGGGGGACUUUGUGCUUGUGCUGGCCAUCUACCAGUCCCAUCUCGGGGCAGACCUCCACGCCGCCCCCCAAGCCAGGUUUGACGAUGGGCUGAUCCACCUGACAUUUGUGCGGGCAGGGAUCUCCAGAGCCACCCUGCUCCGUCUGUUCCUGGCCAUGGAGAGGGGGGCACACCUGUCUCUCAGCUCCCCCUAUGUGAGCCACGUCCCAGCCAGGGCCUUCAGGCUGCAGCCCCUCUCCCCACGAGGAACACUCACUGUGGAUGGGGAACUGGUGCCAUACGGCCCGCUGCAGGCACAGGUCCAUCCCUCCAUGUCGCGGCUCAUUGUCGGCGACCCUGGAGUGAAGAUUACCCGAUUCUGACAAGGGAUUGGCUGACCAGAUCAGCUGAUACGGCGCUCUCUCCAACUAUAUCAUCUCUGUUGCCAUCUACAUUCACAGAGAAAGGGGAGAAAAAAGGCCUCAGAGACUGAAAAUAGACCGACUCAUUUCUGGGGUUUAAUGGAAGGGAUCACCUGCUGAGCAGAGCGGCGGUGCAGGACACAAGCCGAGGGAUUAAUAGAGACUUUUAAAAACGGAUGAAAAAGAGCUUUGUUGCACAGCUGUUGGAUUACACUCCGUUUAUCCUGAGAAGCCUGUACCUGCAUAGCUAUGGGAACAAAAUAGGGGAGGGGAAAACAAGUUGAAUGUGUAUGGGGGAGUGUGUAUUCGGUGCAUGUGUGUGGUGUAUACAUUCUAGUAUGCACAAAUGGCAUGCAGAGAUGCACAUUUCCUGACCUUGCCUUACAGAGUUCAGAUUUCUUUGUUCUCUAUCAAAACUGUCCUAGAUCAGUUCUAGAACUUCUUCAGAGGGAGCCACACCCUCAUGCAAAUGUAGAUCCCCUUCCGUAUUGGAACAGCUGUCCUUCCCUGUAAUGCCUUAAAGUACAACUCCUGUGACUUUGCCCUUUCAGUCUUAUAUAAGAAGCCUAAACCUGCGACAAUGCAAAUCUCCAUUCACCAGAGGCUGGUGGGAGGAGCUAUAGGAGGACAGGCUCAUUGUAAAGACUGAAAUGGAAUUAAUGGAACGGUAUCAAAACCAUACAAAACCCCAUGUUUGACUCUGUUCUAUUUAUUCCAUUCCAGCCAUGACAAUGAGCCUGUCCUCAUAUAGCUCCUCCCACCAGCCUCCUCUGUCAUCCAGGUAUAUCAGAAGGGACCGUCCACUACAGGAAAAACAAAGCAAAGCUGAUGAGCAUACUGUGGUGUUAAGUUUGUAUUGGUGUGUAUGUAAUAUCUGUGCACAAAGGAAGUUAAUUAGCAAUCCCAUGGAGAUGAAAAACUCCUAGAAUAAACCAGUAAAGUUAGAUAAACACUGAAAUAAAUAUAAAUCUCAUUGAGUCAUUUUACACGGGUAUUCCACAAUAGGAUAGAUGGGACUGUUGAACAGUAGCCAUCAUGGUGUAUAGUGCAUUUGCCUGUUUUUCUUAGAAAAAAAGGUGCAUGAUGAUGAUGCUAGAUUAUGAAGUUGCAACACAGGGAGCAUGAGACUGUUGCUUGAUCAAGUUUCAUGUAUGUUGUCAUGGAAUCCUCUGAAAGUCUCACAAAGACCCAGAAUGCUGGUUGUUUAUCAGCAAAUAGUCACUAGUUCCACAUGUGUAAACUGCCUUUUUACAUACCUCUGUUGUAGUCGAUUUGAAUUGAUAUAAUUGUGAGUAGAUUCUGAAGUGUUAUGCAGCUGCAGAAAAUCAACACUCGAUUGUAUUCUAUCUCUUAGAUAAAGAUUGCUGUUGAAAGGAACAAGAUGUACUUGCCACAUGACAAGCAGAUCGUUUCCAUAGGAGACAGUUAUCAUCUUAAACAGACAACAGAAACUCAGUAAAUGAUGGAUUACCAUUUUGAGGAUUUAGCUAGUCACAGACUGUGCCUCCCAACUCAAAUCAUAGCUUACAUUUCAGAAAUGGAUUUCUCAAUGGAAUGUAGCCUAUACAGUUGAAGUCGGAAGUUUACAUACACUUAGGUUGGAGCCAUUAAAACUAGUUUUUCAAUCACUCCACACAUUUCUUGUUAACAAACUAUAGUUUUGGCAAGUCGGUUAGAACAUCUACUUUGUGCAUGACACAAGUAAUUUUUCCAACAAUUGUUUACAGACAGAUUAUAUCACUUAUAAUUCACUGUAUCACAAUUCCAGUGGGUCAGAAGUUUACAUACACUAAGUUGACUGUGCCUUUAAACAGCUUGGAAAAUUCCAGAAAAUGAUGUAAUGACUUUCAAAGCUUCUGAUAGGCUAAUUGACGUCAAUUGGAGGUGUACCUGUGGAUGUAUUUCAAGGCCUACCUUCAAACUCAGUGCCUCUUUGCUUGACAGCAUGGGAAAAUCAAAAUAAAUCAGCCAAGACCUCAGAAAAAAAUUGUAGACCUCCACAAGUCUGGUUCAUCAUUGGGAGCAAUUUCCAAAUGCCUGAAGGUACCACGUUCAUCUGUACAAACAAUAGUAUGCAAGUAUAAACACCAUGGGACCACGCAGCCAUCAUACCACUCAGGAAGGUGCGAAAAGUGCAAAUCAAUCCCAGAACAGCAGCAAAGGACCUUGUGUAGAUGCUGGAGGAAACUGGUACAAAAGUAUCUAUAUCCACAGUAAAACAAGUCCUAUAUCGACAUAACCUGAAAGGCUGCUCAGAAAGGAAUAAGCCACUGCUCCAAAACCGCCAUAAAAAAGCCAGACUACAGUUUGCAACUGCACAUGGGGACAAAGAUUGUACUUUUUGGAGAAAUGUCCUCUGGUCUGAUGAAACAAAAAUCGAACUGUUUGGCCAUAAUGACCAUCGUUAUGUUUGGAGGAAAAGGGGGAGGCUUGCAAGCCGAAGAACACCAUCCCAACCUUGAAGCAUGGGGUGGCAGCAUCAUGUUGUGGGGGUGCUUUGCUGCAGGAGGGACUGGUAAACUUCACAAAAUAGAUGGCAUCAUGCUUCACCUGCUGUUUUCAACUCUCUAAAGACAGCAGGAGCGGUAGAGAUACGCUCAAAGAUUGGCUAUGAAAAGCCAACUGACAUUUACUCCUGAGGUGCUGACUUGUUGCACCCUCGACAACUACUGUGGCUAUUAUUAUUUGACCAUGCUGGUCAAUUAUGAACAUUUGAACUUCUUGGCCAUGUUCUGUUAUAAUCUCCACCCGGCACAGCCAGAAGAAGACUGACCACCCCUCAUAGACUGGUUCCUCUCUAGUUUUCUUCCUAGGUUUUGGCCUUUCUAGGGAGUUUUUCCAAGCCACCGUGCUUCUACACCUGCAUUUGCUUGCUGUUUGGGGUUUUAGGCUGGGUUUCUGUACAGCACUUUGAUAUAUCAGCUGAUGUAAGAAGGUCUAUAUAAAUCAAUUUGAUUUGAUCAUGAGGAUGGAAAAUUGUGGAUAUAUUGAAGCAACAUCAAGACUUCAGUCAGGAAGUUAAAGCUUGGUCGCAAAUGGGUCUUCCAAAUGGACAAUGACCCCAAGCAUACAUCCAAAGUUGUAGCAAAAUGUCUUAAGGACAACAAAGUCAAGUUUUGAAGUGGCCAUCACAAAGCCCUGACCUCAAUCCCAUAGAAAAUUUGUGGGCAGAACUGAAGAAGCGUGUGUGAGCAAGGAGGCCUACAAACCUGACUCAGUUACACCAGCUCUUCCCACUUAUUGUGGGAAGCUUGUGGAGGACUACCCAAAACGUUUGACCCAAGUUAAACAAUUUAAAGGCAAUGCUACCAAAUACUAAUUGAGUGUAUGUAAACUUCUGACCCACUGGGAAUGUGAUGAAAGAAAUAAAAGCUGAAAUAAAUCUUUUUUUCUACUAUUAUUCUGGCAUUUCACAUUCUUAAAAUAAAGUGGUGAUCCUAUCUGACCUAAAACAGGGAAUUUUUACUAGGAUUAUAUGUCAGGAAUUGUGAAAAACUGAGUUUCAAUGUAUAAGGUGUAUGUAAGCUUCCAGCUUCAGCUGUACCUAGUAUGUCUAUGUUGAACGGGUGUUUUAGUUAACCUUAAAAACAUAUGAUUCUUAUGUAAUUGUGACCGGAACAAAUUUAAUAUGUCAGGAAUUUAAUCUCAUGAGCAUGUAUCAAUCAGUUAUGCCAUGUUUGACUGCUCGGGGCUGUUUGGUCCUGUAAUUCAAGGCCUCUGUUCUCUUGCCUGCUAAUGUUAGGCCCUGUUCAAAUACUUUCAGAUGCAGCCCUUCCUCCCUUAAUGUUUUUAUUUAACCUUUACUCCUUCCUCUGCGUAAUCCCUGAUAUCACAAGACUUGAUAGGUGAAGGCUAUGUGAUAUAAUCCUUGCUGAUGCAGUGUCGCUAAUCAGUUAGUUUAUCAGUGAUUACUUUAAGGAAAAUAUUUCAUUUCAAACGGGGCCUUGGUACCUAGACCAAAGCUGUCCAUCCCUGGUCAUGCAAAGUAAAUUCACAGGAUAUACACCAAGCUUCCUUCUAUGGCCUGAGGAUAAAACAUUUCACAAGACUGGAUGGUGGUUCUCGGCUGGUGUCAGUGCAUUAUGACAAGUCAUUACAAAACUAUUCACUCUCAAUUUUAAGAGACUCGCUGUGACAAUUGAAACCUGAUGUACUGCUCAGUGUCCGUGACCAGGGUCCUACAACCGGGAAUUCAGGAAAACUUUCUAUAAAUUCCCUGGUUAACUGAAUUUUGCAACCCGAGCUGUGACCCAUUGCUAAUGUCAGUAAGAUGUAUUAUCUAUAGAUGGAUUGGCCUGUAAUAAACUUGUAAUUAAUACUAAAAUGAAAAUAUAUACAUAUAAUGUACAGUUCAUAGUUAUAUUUUGUUUUUAAAAUGUUUUUUCCUUAAAAUAAUAAAUGUAACUUGUAAACUUGU